UUUUCUUUUCUUCUCUCAUUUUCGUUUCAGACUUUAUAUCUCAAACUUGAUUCUCAUCAUCUGCUGCUCUUUAUUUUGUAAUAUAAAUUUAAUGCGUGCGUAAAAUCGAUUCGACAAAAUUUACUCUUACACACACACAAAAAAAACACAAUGGAAGAAACAAACGUUUUCUAUUACAUUGACGAUGAGCAAACACCAUACUUAGUCAAAAUUCCGUUGUCAACGUCACAAGUCACUCUACGGGAUUUUAAAAUGGUUUUAAACAAACAAAGCUGUAAUUAUAAGUACUUUUUUAAAGCAGUUAACGAUGAUUUCGGGGUGGUAAAAGAGGAAAUUGUCGAUGAAUCGACCAAGUUGCCUGUCUUCAAUGGUCGUGUUAUAUUAUGGCUUGUGACUGCCGAUGGUGAUGCAUUCCAACAACGUGUAAUGGAACUACUAACUGCAAUUACCGGCCAACCAGAAAGUGAUGCAUUCCAACAACGUGUAAUGGAACAACUAACUACAAUUACCGGCCGAUUGGAACAACUAACUACAAUUACCGGCCAACCAGAAAGUGAUGCAUUCCAACAACGUGUAAUGGAACAACUAACUACAAUUACCGGCCGAUUGGAACGACUAACUGCAAAUACCGGCCAACCAGAAAGCGCCAAUAUCUCGAUUCGAUCGAUUGAAGGAUGGUGGCUUUUUCGCCCAAAGAUUUGGACCAAACUUAAAAAAAUGGUUGAAUCUGGAUCUUGGGAGAAAAAAAUGUAAUCGGACUCAAAAAGCACCAAGGAUAUAUGAAAAUUGUGUUUAUCUACAUUAUUAAAUAAAAUGUAUAUGUACAAAAGAAAAAAACUUAUCAUUGAUUUAAUUAAA